CUGGUGCUGUAUGAGAUAAUCAUUUGAAUGAAUUUUCAUUUGUUGCAGUAUCUCCCAAGGUUCCAGCCAGAAAAUCUGGAGCAUAACAAACGCCUGUACGAGCGAGUUAAUGAGAUAGCAGUGAAGAAGGGAUGCACCCCAUCACAACUUGCAUUGGCCUGGGUCCAUCACCAAGGGAACGAUGUCUGUCCCAUUCCUGGAACUACCAAGAUCGAAAACUUCAAUCAGAACAUUGGAGCUUUGUCCGUGAAAUUAACACCCGAAGAGAUGGCAGAGCUAGAAUCCAUUGCUUCAGCAGGUUCAGUGAAGGGAGACCGAUAUGGUGGCACUAUCGCAACCUACUAUGAAUCGGAUACUCCUCCCUUGUCUUCAUGGAAACCUUAAAUGAGAGCAUACUUGUUCAAAUCAAUACAAUCUUUAAGGUGAGUUAUGAACCUAAUGUAAGGCCCUACUUUUUUUUAGAAUAAAUUUUCUGUGAGAUUUAAUAAUAAAAGGGCUUUUGGUGAUAGGUUGUGCAAGCUUGGUUGUAGCUAUAUCUACGUUUGUAAUAUGUUGAGAAUGUCGAUUCCAGGUUAAUAAAGCAAAAGUUUCUAUCAA